AUGAAACCGGACCUCACGAUCGACCCACCGAACAACACCUCUUCGCCUUCUUCCUCCUCCUUUUCCGCGAAGAAUAAUCCUUCGGGAACGCCUUCGUCUGCGAAGUUAAAAGGCUACCCGCAAUGCCUCACCAUCACCGUCUUGGGAGCCUCUGGCGAUUUAGCGAGGAAGAAAACGUACCCGGCGUUGUUUUCUUUGUGGAAAGCCGGUCACGUGCCGUUUAAUACGAAAAUAUUGGGUUACGCGCGAUCGAAACUUGAACUGGAUGAGUUCAAAGGCAAAAUCCGUCUGUUUUUGAAAGACUCGUCGAAUGAAAAAAUUGAACACUUUUUAUCGAUUUGCGAUUAUGUGCAGGGCGAGUAUUCGUCGAUAGAGGAAGGUCCGCCGUGUUUUUCUGGUCUGAAUGAAGUCAUCGAACAGUUGGAGAGAGAAGUGGAGGUGAAUUGGAAGGAGAAUGCGUUUAUUACUCCAUCGACUUCCGCGGCGGAGAAUAAGAAGUAUAAGCGAGUGGUCGGGAAUAGGAUUUUUUAUUUAGCGUUACCUCCGGUGGUGUAUCCGUCCGUGUGCGCGGAAAUCAAAGCGAGCGCGAUGUCGAGCACGAAAGGAAGCUGGACGAGAGUGGUCGUGGAGAAACCGUUCGGGAAGGAUUUAGAGAGUAGCGAAAAGUUGAACCAAAGCUUAUCGGCGUUGUUUAGCGAGGAGCAGUUGUAUAGAAUCGACCAUUACUUAGGGAAGGAGUUGGUGCAAAAUUUAGUCGUCAUGAGAUUCGCGAAUCGGUUUAUUUCGCCCUUGUGGAAUCGAGAUAAUAUUGCGAACGUUCAAAUUAUAUUUAAAGAACCGUUCGGGACGGAAGGGAGAGGCGGAUAUUUCGACGACUACGGCAUCAUACGCGACGUGAUUCAAAAUCACUUGUUACAAAUCAUGUGUUUAGUGGCGAUGGAGAAACCGUGUUCGCUGUCUCCGGACGAUAUUCGGGACGAGAAGUUGAAGGUGUUAAGGUGCAUUGCUCCAGUAUCGACGGAUAACGUGGUCGUCGGUCAAUAUUCAACCGGGCCUCACGGGCAACCGGCGUACGUGGACGAUCCGGGCGUGCCCGAAAAUUCCAUGGCGCCGACGUUUUGUACGUGCGUCAUGUACGUCAAAAACGAACGUUGGGAUGGCGUUCCGUUUAUUAUUAAAGCCGGUAAGGCGUUGAACGAAGCAAAAUGUGAAAUUCGCGUGCAAUUCAAAGACGUCCCGGGCGAUUUAUUCGAAAGCCGACGCGUCCAAGGCAAACAAGCCCGGAACGAAUUCGUCGUUCGUUUACAGCCGGACCCGACUAUUUUUAUGAAAAUGACCGUUAAAGAACCCGGAUUAGAUAUGAAUUUAGCGCAAAGCGAGUUGGAACUCUUAUACACCACGCGUUACCAACGCGUCGCCAUCCCAGAGGCGUACGAGCGCUUGAUUUUAGACUGCAUCAACGGCGACCAGCAACAUUUCGUCCGAAGAGACGAACUCGUCGCCGCUUGGACCAUUUUCACGCCGCUUCUGAAAUACAUCGACGCCGGUGGAAUGAAACCGUACCCGUACCCGUACGGUUCCGUAGGACCGUACGAAGCGAACGCGCUCAGAGAAAGAGUCGGGCAUCAAACCAAUGUCAUCGGGAGAGACAUCACCUGGGAGAAGCACGGAUUGAACAGUCAAGAGUAUUAG